AUGGAUCAUAGUCCUCAUCCACUAAGUCCAGCGCCUGAUGAAACCCUCAAGCAAGGGGGCUUUCUGAACCUCGCAGAGACGACUGAUCCCACCAGUUCGUCUCCGUCACUCUUCUCAUUUUUCCGUCGCCAACCUAAGCACGACCCCGAUGCCAUCGCUACAACUCGCAGCGUGUUCGAUGAUCCCUUACUUGCAAAGUUUUAUGCACCGCAUCCUGGAUACGAGAAUCUUCACCGUUUCGAUCCACAAGCAAGAUGGACAUAUGCCGAAGAAGCCCGGGUCAGACGAAAGUCCGACUGGAGAAUCCUCCUCUGGAUCCUUGUAAUGUUCUUCGCUCUCAAUCUCGACAGAGGCAACUUGGGAAAUGCCGCCGCCGAUAAUCUGCUUGACGAUCUGCACCUGACGACCAACGAUUACAACAACGCGCAAAACAUGUACCGAAUCGGAUUUUUGAUUGCCGAAAUUCCAUCGCAGAUGAUUGGAAAGCGACUUGGGCCAGAUCGGUGGAUUCCAGUUCAAAUUAUACUAUGGAGUAUUCCUAGCGGAGCACAAUUCUUUAUUAAAGACCGCAGUGGCUUCUUUGCCUGCAGGUUCUUAUUAGGCCUGUUCAUGGGGGGCUUCAUACCGGAUUCCAUUCUCUACCUCUCCUACUUCUACACCAAAACCGAGAUGCCUUUCCGGUUGGCUUUGUUCUGGUUCACAGAUUCGAUGUCAGGCGUUGUUGCGUCUUUUAUUGCGUACGGUGUGUUGCACAUGCGUGGCGUAGAUGGACGUGCAGGCUGGAGAUGGCUAUUCUUGAUCGAGGCACUCAUCAGUAUUGUCAUUGGAUUCCUGAGCUUCCUCUUCUUAGUUCCUGGCCCAACACAGACCCGUACAUGGUGGAACCCGAAAGGCAUAUUCAGUGAACGCGAGGAAACCAUCAUUGUCAACCGUGUACUCCGCGAUGAUCCGUCCAAGAGCGAUUCACACAAUCGAGAAGCACUGAGUCUCAAACAGCUGUGGCUGAGUUUGAAAGACUUCGAUCUAUGGCCUAUUUAUAUCCUUGGGAUUCUUUUUGAAAUCCCCACAUCACCACCAAAGACAUAUCUCACCCUCUCCCUCAAGGCCAUUGGAUUCACUACUUUUCAAACCACCCUCUUGUCCAUUCCAGUGACUGUCUUUGCGGCGAUAAACCUACUCUUGGUCACAGAGCUGAGUGAACGCGUCAAGCAAAUUUCUCUUGUUGGCCUCUUCACCCAGCUAUGGUCACUUCCACUACUUAUCGUUCUUUACACCUCCUCAGGAACUCUAUCCAACUGGGGUCUCUACGCUGUGACAUUUGUUCUACUAGGCUGGCCAAAUCCACAGGCCGCGCAAGUUGGAUGGUGCUCCCGAUUGAGUAACUCCGUGAGAACGAGGACCGUGAGUGCAGCUAUCUUCAACAUCAUGAUCCAACUUAGCGGUAUUGCAUCUUCAAAUAUCUACAGGACGGAUGACAAGCCGCUGUACCGCCGAGGCAACAGACAGCUUAUUGCAAUCAACGUCGCUACUAUUGUAGCGUACGGUCUUGCGAAGGUCUACUAUGUCAGCAGGAACCGCUGGAAGAAGGCCCAAUGGGAAAAUCUUAGUCAUGAAGAAAAGGCCCAUUACUUGGAGACGACUUCAGAUCAAGGCAAUAAGCGCCUGGAUUUUUAUUUUGAGAGUUAA